CAGUGAGAGCAGUUAGAGGAGUGAGUCAGAUUUUCCACAGCUCAGUUACGAUCCACACAGCUCCACAACAACACACAGGACCAGCCGAGCUCCCCUCUGUCACUGCACUGCAGUAGGAUGGCCUGGGUUUGCUUGUCCAAAUGGCUGCUCCUCCUGAGUGUGUGCUGCCUUGGAUUGAGUGCGCUUCACUUGGUAGACAGUGACUGGGAGUGGGGCUCAGGCCUGGAGGAGCUUCUGCAGAGCUUCCCAGCGGACAGCCCCUUCAUCACAGAGAAACCUGGACAUCCUGCCAACUGCACACAGCGCUUCUGGCUGCCCUCGUCCACUCCUGUGUGCUGGGAUAACAUAGUGGGUCCUGAGGAGUUUGAGCAGACCCGGCUGCUGGUUCUGCAGAACCGUGCGGCUCUGCAGGCCGUUUCCCAGGCCAGCGGCCUAGAGGAGGGGGGAGCCUCCUAUGAUCAGCAGGCCAGGGAGUUCAUCAGAGGGGUCCUGGAUGACCACAGCAACAUUGAGCAGACAGUAGACUCCAUGCAGGAGGUCUUCAACAGCCUGGACAUGAAAAGGAAGGAGGGUGGACAACACUACACCUUCUCCAGGUCUUGAAGCUUACCAGAACUAAGUAAACUUCUAAAGAAACUGUUUUGGAGCCCACCCGCACGGCUGAAUUCCAUGAGAAUGAUGUAACAUGUGGAAAAGACACGUCAGCUCUUGUCCCUCUGCAUGAUUAAGAGUGUUGUUAAAAAGGGAGUACUUUAUUACACACACAUCUUACAUCUCCAGUGUUCACUACACCAAUGCAUAUUGUGUCUUUAGCUUCUUACGUGCAGAAAGCACAGCUUAUUAAUUUAUUCAGUAAAAGGCAAUCCAAACUUUUGUUAAGUUUUGUCAUGUACUGAUCUGCAGUUUUAAUCAAACACUGCUACAAUUUCUGAUUUAUGAAAAUAAAAGAUAUUUUC